GAAAGCCUCGCUGCGCAUGUACUCAUCCAGCCUCUGCCCCUCUUCCAUACUAACCUCAACCAACUCCAAUGCGCGCUCCUCGGCCGCCCCAUCACCGGACUCCGACACAACUCGCCACCACCGCGCCCGUCCGCGGUAGCUCGAGCAUCUAGGAGCAUCGAAGUCCUCGACCAUGUACCCACACGACACGGCGGCGUAGCGGAGAGUCGGGAUCCGUUCCGCAAGCAGCCUAGGAGCCGCAUCGCACAGCGCCUCCCACUCGCUGUCUCCGUACUCGGAUUCAGAGUCAGCCUGAGGACCGGGGAACUCGUCUCGGACACUCUUGAGUUGCUCGACAAGCUUGAGCCUGACACAGAUUAUGUUACUCGCGGAGAGGAGCGGGAGGCAUUUGUCCUGUGGCGGAAUGUAUCAGAAUGGGGAUGGAGGGUACGGUAAUCAGUGAGAACUCUCCAGCCAUCUCUGCGCCUUGUCGGCAAGGUCAUGCAUCAGCACGUCGAGGUAUCGUAGACGCGCACCUGGGCGCUCAAAUAACUCCGCAAGCCGCCUCCAAAGUGCCCUGUCGCCGUAGUGGAACCGAAUCGAGAAGACCACGGGAUGUGUCGCGCACACUGUGGCGAUAACGAUAUUAUAGAGCCAGGACCGACCGU